GCUUUGGUACUAAAUAUAUUUCGUGUUCAUUUACCAUCAUUUUUUUUAUGAAACGUUCCAAGUGCCUGUGGAGGUGCUACAAAUGUCUUUAAAAUUCUACAUAAAUUGGAAGUGCCCACGCACAACGGGGUCCGCGGGCGACACAGUUUUAGAGCUGAGGCUGCCAGACUCUGAAACAGACUACCAGAAAACUUGAGGUCAUGUGGAAAUUUUCAUGAUUUCAGAAAAAUGCUAGGUUCGUGGGAGGGGGAUAAGUGCAAAUGUGCAACGUGUAAAUGAUUUUAUUGAAUUCUAUGUAUAUUUCGUGCUAAAUGUUUAUCUGCUGAACGUUUUAUAUCUUAUCUGUUUUCUAAUUCUAUAUUUGUUGGUCGGCGGAAAAGUCAUGGCUUAUGUUCUCUGUACAACACUACCGACGUUAAAUAAAGUUUACUUUACUUUACUUUACAAAGCGUAUAAAUAUUACGGUACAACAACACGAUCCCGAUUCACGACGAGCGGUGGCGCUACUAUCGAAACUCGUGUAGGUAAUGAAGUGAUUGGAUGGGUACUACGCGUCGCUACAACAACCUUUUAUAUGCAGCUCUAGUGACCUUUGGAGUCCAUCUACACAGUACACGACAGACUACUAAAAAUGUCCUCGGCAACGAGAACCAGUGCUUAUCUCAAAAAUAUAUUACAGAAUGGAGUAGGUAGAUAUGUUUGUCAGUUACAGAGAGUAACGUUUCAAUUCUGCAAAAGUAGAGGAGAUAGCAAGGGCAUCAGAGACUUUAUAGAAACACAUCUUGUAGAUUUUGCAAAGCAAAACGCAGGUGUAGCAGUAUACGUGCAACCAAGGCGUCACCGAAGACCUUAUGUUAUUGCAGAAUAUUUGAAUGGCGCUAAAGUAGACUUUUGUGUGCACGAGCAGAAUGCAGAUGAGGUGAGUCGAUGGUUGGAGCAUCUUCGAACCCGCUGCGGAGUGCAAAUACAGAGGCUACGUAAACAGCACCACACAGAUCACCCAAGCAUUCAGGGACAGUGGACUCCUUUUGUGAACCUUCCGACGGAAUUAAACACAACGCAGUUCCCGAGUGAGAAUCUGUCACGUGCCAUACAACGGCAGCCGACUGCAACACAGAAGAUAUUGGACAUGGCAGCGAAACAGCAGGCUGCAUCCGGUGAUCAGGGUUCUGAGAACAAACCAGUGUGAGGCACGGAAAACAUCCAUGAGAGCUUCACCUUGCCACGUGCAAUGAUAGAAAUAAAUAGGAUAGUAAAACAUUACACGUUCUUCUUGGCUAAGCCACAUUGAAGCCCAAUUAGUCUAUCUAAGGCUCCAAGCCGUACAAUUGAUGAAUGCUAGCUUAACUGACACCUUGUGACUUGUGUCGUUUAUAAGUAUACAACCUUAUGGCCAAAUUCAUAUUAGGUUGUCCAAUAUCACUGCUAUUUACUAAUAAAAUGCUCAAUUGAAAUUUUUUAUGCAUUUAUUAGUUGUUUACCAUUCGUAAUUAAAACAGGUUUCCAAACGGGGAAUUUUUGCACGCAUGCCGAGUUCAUACACAUCUUUGCCUCUCCUACCUAAUAGUGCUAUCACGUGAUCAGUGUUUUAUUGUGUAACAUAAACUGUGGGAUGAGGCUGUGUUACAAUAGUGAUAAUUGAAUGAUCAUUAAAUUCGACAUAAGUAGGUGUUUGUAGUGUACAUGCAUAUGUCUAUAAUCUCAACUAAAAUAAAAAUACUUAGGAUAUUUUAUAAUAAAA